AUGAGUGAGAGAGCGGCAGGUGUCCGACCUGUUGAUGUUCGACGGUCGUGUUGUGAUAACGACGAGGAGAGGUGUCAUACAGUGCCUUGUCGAAUGAUCUUCUGGCGCGUUACCAUCACCCAUCUUCUGAUCAUCUUCACAUCGGCUGUGCGCUUUUCUUCCCACCACCAUUCCGGCACACGUCGAGCAACAGCCCUCACCAUGUCGCUCAUACGCAGCACCGGAUCCACACUCUCACGCGUCCACCCUCGCCCUUCCUACUCUCACUCUCGAUGCUACGCAACAGAGGCCACCUCGCAACACAAACAGCGCCUGGUGGUGCUCGGCACAGGCUGGGGCGGCUACGCAUUCCUCAAAUCGCUCUCCUACCCGACGCUGCGUCGCUUCGACGUCAAAGUCAUCUCCCCCACCACCUCCUUCUCCUUCACCCCCUUGCUCGCCCAAGCCAGCUGCGCCACGCUCGACUUCCGCUCCGCCAUCGAACCCAUCCACUCCAACCGCUGGAUGGAGUACCACCAUGCCUGGUGCGACGCCGUCGAUUUCCGCAAACGAAAGAUCGAACUCACGUCCGCCUUCAACCCUCAGUUUCGUCUCUCGGAUCCACUCCAGUCGGGGGCACAGCCGAAGGAGGAGGGAAAGAGGUUUACCUAUUCACUCGAUUAUGAUUAUCUGGUCAUGUGUGUGGGAUCGUACAACGCGACGUUCGGGACCAAAGGUGUGAAAGAGAAUGCGUUGUUCCUCAAAGAUGUGGGCGAUGCGAGGGCGAUAAGGUGGAGGAUCCUGGGUUUGUUCGAGAGUGCCAAUGCCAAACAUCAUUACUACACUUCGGAUGGGAAGCAGAUGACGACAGAGCAGGAGGAAGAACUCCGAAAGCUGUUGAGCUUUGUCGUCGUCGGAGGCGGUCCUACGGGAUCAGAGUUUGCGGCGGAACUUCACGAUUUGAUCAAGGACGACCUCGCCCGACUCUAUCCGAACCUCCGCUCCUACCCGUCCAUCCGACUGCUCGAUGCCGGCAAAUCCAUCCUGUCGAGCUUCGAUGCCGGGCUGGCAGACUACGCCAUGAAGAAGUUCGCUCGAGACGGCAUCCAAGUUCGACUGAGUGCCAAGAUCAAACGUGUUGAGCGGGACGCCGUCGUUCUCUCCUCGGAAGAAGGAGUGGAAGAAAAGCUGGGUGCAGGGAUGGUGGUUUGGAGUACGGGUAUCACCACCUCGCCCCUGAUCGAAGCGUUCCGUGGUGUCGGCAAGGAAGAGCGGACGGGGAAGGUCUUGACCAACGAUACGUUGAACGUGCUCGUCUCGAACUCGAACUCGGCCUCGCUGGGAGGAUCGGUGUUGAACCCAUCGCUGUACGACUCUGCUUCGCAAACGGACGACUUGGUGCCGCUGGACAACGUGUUUGCACUCGGCGACUGCUCCAGUCAAACCUCGGGCGCGCUCCCCGCCACCGCCCAAGUCGCCUCCCAAAAAGGCUCCUACCUAGCCUCGCUCUUCAACACGCACAUCUCGCAACCCUCCAGCGAACCACCGAAACCGUUCAAGUUCCUCGACAAGGGUAGCAUGGCCUCCAUCGGAUCGGGCAAGGCGCUCAUCGAUUCACCCGUCAAGAAGGAGUCGGGCGCGCUGGCGUGGGUGCUCUGGCGGAGCGCGUAUACGAUCAUGUCGAUGAGCUGGAGGAAUCGGUUCUUGGUUCCUGCGAACUGGGCGAGCAAUAUUUUGUUCGGAAGGGAUGUCGGUCGAUUUUAA